GCUACAUCUACAAUAAUAUACAUACAACAUAGUUGAACAUACUGCAACAUAGCAGUCACCAGUGAUCGACGAUCGAAGGGCUGCACGUGAGUUAUAGUCGGAUUGAUUGAGUCACGGGCGACACGCAAAAUGGAAUUGUUCAGAGGCCUGUGGAGGAAGUCCUCUGUCAUGUACAAGAGCGGGGUGCAAUGUAUAUCGUUGAGACACAAUGGCACCACGACGUCGAACGUGGCCGAGGUGGCGGUCUUUUCGCGAGACGGCGACACCGGAUUGACGAUCACAGAUGCCGGGGACACAAAACCGAAGGACGACAUGAUCUUCAACGCUCUCGGAGCGACCGACGAGCUGUCGUCUUACAUAGGACUGGCGAGGGAAUUCGCCUGCGACGGGAAGGUUGAGCAUCCAUACGUCGACAAGUUAAAGAGGGUACAAAUGAUCCUGUUUGAUCUGAGCCAUGCCAUAUCUAAGUCCGUGCCUGGAAAGACCAGAUCUUUUGAAAGCAAACACACUAAAGAUCUAGAAGAGUGGAUUCUAGAGUAUGCGAAUCAGCUCCCUCCUCCUGAAGAUUAUAUCAUUCCAGGUGGUGGAAAAGCUUGCGCUUCGCUACACGUUGCACGAACAGUAUGCAGGCGCGCCGAGAGAAGUAUUACAACUCUAGUACGAGAUGGUGCUCUAGAUAAAGAAGCACAAACAUAUUUGAAUAGAUUAUCAGACUUCCUUCUAACAGUAUCACGCAUCGCGGCUAAAUGUGAUCAACGUACUGAGAACAUUUAUAUACCGCGAGCAGAAGUGACAGAGGAGAAGUGAAAGGACUGAUUUACAAAUUUUUGUAGGAAUUUUUUGCACAGACAGAUAUAAAUAUUUACAUAACCAUACAUAAUACAUGUACACAUACAAUAUUAAUUUAGGGCACUCAACAUCGCCGCCCUCGCGUUGUAUAACCACAAUAGCUUCGACUAGGUUCAAUACGCGUGCUUGGGACAAAAAAGGACACAUACACGUACAUAUAACGCAGUUGCAGAUUAAAAAAAAAAAAAAAUAGAAUGAUUAAGGGUCCAUUCCAAAUUGCACAUUAAACGCAUAGAGCAUAAUUUGUUCUUUGUUGUUCAUUGAACGUUAAACAAGGACAAAUAAUGCUCUAUGCGUUUGAUGUGUAAAUUCGGAACGUAUCCUAAGUAUGAUUAUUUGCUUUUUUUCUAAUGUUUGAACGCUUGAUGUUUAUCAAGUAGUACACAUUUUGUAGGUAUUCUGUUACAUAUCUAAAAUUGCAAUUUUUAAAUAGAAUAAAAUUGGUUGAAUAAAAAGUGAUAAAAUUUUUAAUUGCAAUCCUAAAUGGAAAUGUUUAUUAGAGUUAUUAAAAGGAAUAGUGUAAUGAUGAACAGGUGCAUGACACACGUGUAUGUAGAUGAUUUACUUAAAUAACAUUUGUAAAUAUAAAUGCAAAUUGUUUUAUUAGACAUAAUCUUAAGAUGUAACAAAGUUAUCAACAUAUACUUAAAAUAUAAAUUAUAAUUAAUAAA